AUGUUGGACCCCGACCUCCUAGAUCGGGCUGUCAGCCUCACCGCCGUGGCCGUGGUAGUCCUACUCACGAUACCGUCGCUCGUUUAUGUCUGCAGGACGAGCGCCCGGUUUGGAAGGGGCUAUGUUCAACUGAGUGGAGAUGAAGACAUUUAUCAUGAUCGUGAUGGUAUCGCCACCGAAGACUCGAUCCGAGCCUUCUCAGACACGCGGCCUAAAAUCGCCAUCUGGCUGGGGGCCGCCAUCGGCCUAGGAGCAUCCGUUGCGACAAGGGUCAUGGUGUUGAGAGGUACCGAGCAUGUCAAUGUACUUUCCGAGUUGACCGCUUUGACAGAACCAGUGUGCUGGGUAGGGCGCCCGAUUAUCCCCGAUGAUGCCGCGGUGGUGACUACAUGCGGUUUCGCAGGGUUCCCACGCCGCCCUGACAUCUUCGACAAGGCCGGGCUCGUGGAUCAACAGCACACCCUCUCAUUGCUGUCCAAGUUCACCUUCUCUUGGAAUCGGAACAUAUUCAAUGUCUCCAGGGAGCGGCAAAUGCAAAUCCAAGAUAUCCCGAAUCUUGACUUUGUUACUCGUUCAAGGUACCUCGAGUCUAAGUUCCUUGGGAAGGGCACCGAAGGCCCCCUCUGGAGACGGCUCAUCAAAGCCCACGCCGGUGAACUUGCGCUGCAGUGGUUCUUGACCCUGGUCAUCGCCUGUCUUUCUCUGUUCCCGCAGGUGGUCCUGUACAACUUCCUGUCCAAGAUUGAGAGGAGCCAACAGCACACGGCUGCGGAUCCCACCGUGUUCUUCUGGGUCUUUGGGCUGCUCCUCAGCCAACUCUUCCAAGUCGGAGUCAACAACUGGCUCAAGUGGAUUACUGCUAGCCGGCUUGAAAUCCCAGUAAGCUCACUGCUGCAGUCGCUAGUUUUCUCCAAGGCCCUCAAACUAUACGAGACCGCCCCUCCGGGCCAGAAUGUGGAUAAGGGCAACAAGUCUGGCAGUCAGGGCAGCUCCAGUGAUGCCAACGGAGACAGCGGGACCAGUUCUGGUAAAGCGAAGAGCAAGGAGCCGGAAACUAGACAAUCGGUGAUCAACCACAUGAAGCUUGACAGCGGCCGCGUCACCAUCUUCUGCACCUACAACAAUAACUUCCCCAUGGCCGUGUUCAAGCUGAUCCUCGCUGGCGGCUUUGCCGUCAGUUUGAUGGGCUGGUUGCCAGUCAUUUGUGGCUUAGGUGCGGGCUCCCUGAUGGUGCCGCUGAGCUCGAUGCUGUCGAGGAGGUACACUGCCCUGCACUUCGGCUUGAUGAAAUACCGCGAUGGAAAAGCCCAUCUAUUGACGGAAGCAUUGCAAGGCAUGCGCCAGAUCAGGUACUCGGCUCUCGAGCAGCAUUGGGAGAGCAAGAUCUUGGCCUCUCGCAAUGAGGAGCUCAGGCAGUACUGGAGGGUUGCCAUCUGGCAGUGCCUCGUGGUCUUCAUGGUUAACCUUGGGCCGCUGCUGCUGGCGAGCGUCACCUUUUGCAUCUAUGUCUGGCAGAACGGCACACACAUCCGGGCCUCCAUCAUCUUCACAUCGCUUGGUCUGUUUGACCAGCUCGACGAGGCCAUCGCCCUGCUGCCACUCUUGCAAAUGUAUCUGCUUGAGGCGUGGACCAGCGCCGUGAGGUUGGAGAAGUACUUUCACCAGUCAGACAAGGCGCCCGUGUCAGAACCGGGAGAGCGGAUCACUUUCGAUAAUGCCACUGUGGCAUGGCCGAGGGUUCAAGAUACCGAUAUCCCCGAAGAGGGCGCAGAAGAACAGCGAGAAGCCCACUCGAUUCUUAGAAAUGCGACCCUCGAUUUCCCCAUCGGCAAGCUCAGCGUUAUUUCGGGGAAGACUGGCUCAGGCAAGAGCCUCUUGCUCGCAGCGCUUCUUGGAGAGGUUAAGCUGCUGGCGGGCACAAUUCGCCUGCCGCCUGUGCCCGAGUUCGACGAUAGCGUGGAAUACAUCCCGGAAGAGGAGUGGGUUAUUCCCCAGCUGGCCGCCUUUGUCUCUCAGACACCUUGGGUGGAGGGUGGUACUGUCAAGGAGAACAUCACGUUCGGUCUUCCUUUUGUCGAAGGGCGUUAUCAAAAGGUUCUCGCGGCUUCCGCUCUCGAGAAAGACAUCGAGCUCCUGGCGGACGGCGACGAAACGGAAGUUGGCCCUAAGGGGGUCACUCUUUCGGGCGGCCAACGGUGGCGUGUUGCCCUCGCUCGGGCUCUCUACUCUCGCGCCGGCAUCCUCGUACUUGACGAUGUCCUCAGCGCCGUAGACGCUCACGUCGGCAAGCUGAUCGUCGAUGAAGCUCUCACCGGUGCGCUUGCUCGGGGGAGGACUCGCAUUUUGGCCACCCACCACGCCGAGCUGGUACUACCCCACGCGAGCUAUCUAGUCCGCCUCCGCAGCGGCGAGGUCGAGUCAGCCGAGCCUAUUUCUCCUACCGAGGCGGGAUAUGCUGUACCUGGGGAACCUGAGCGGGGGGGUUCGUCUGUGUCAUCGGAAGAUGCCCAGAACGGCGUGAACGGCGAGGGCAACCGCAAUGGCCACAACGGCCACCCCACUUCAACCGGGCCAAAAAAGUCGAAGAAGACGGAGGACGAACAGAGAGAAACUGGUCGCGUCAAAUGGGACGUGUAUAAGGCUUAUUACAAGGCCAGCGGCGGCGUGCUUCCUUGGCUGGUUGGAGUCUGCAUCCUUCUCUUCGGCCACUUCCUGACGGUGUCCCGGAAUUGGAGUCUGAAGGAGCUUUCACAGCAGGCUGCGUCUGAGACGGUUCCUCUCACAUCGCUGACCACCCAGAUGGUCAACUCUUUCGCGUACACCAGCGACUUUGUCUCGCAGAAGGUUUCCUGGACCGAGCACAGCAUCUUCUUUUGGCUCGGCGCCUACAUCGUCAUCGAGUUUACUAUGCUGUUGACCCAGAUUGUCAGGGUCAUCGUCUUCUUCUUUGUCGGUUUGACUGCAUCCAGGGUCCUCUUCCAGCGCAUGACGCAUGCUAUCCUCAGAGCGCCACUACGCUGGAUCGACACGGUCCCGGCUGGACGUAUCCUCAACCGCUUCACCUCGGAUACUUUUGUGGUCGACAGGCGGCUUUCUAGUCAGACAUUCACCUUUAUCCGGAACAUCUUGUUUCUGGUUGUCAUCAUCGCCACCAGUUUGUCGGUGUCGGCGUACGUCAUCUUCUUUGGCGUCCUCCUCUUUGUCCUCUAUGUGCGAGUUGCGCGCGAGUACAUCACGGCUGCGCGGGAGGUGAAGCGGAUCAAUUCAGUCUCGCACUCGCCCAUCUACGACCAGUUCAGCUCUGUGCUCUCGGGCCUCUCCACCAUCCGUGCCUUCGACCGUACCAAGUACUACAUGGACCGCAUGUACGGCCUCAUCGACAACAGCUCGAAGGCCACCUGGAUGCUGGAGUUGUCUACCCGUUGGAUGGCUUUCCGGAUGGGCGUGCUGGGUGCCUUGUUUGUCAGUGUUGUCGCCAACGCGGUGGCCUUCAGCCGUGUCGACGCUGCGUUGGCCGGCUUCAGCUUGGCUUUUGCCUUGCGAUAUACCAACGCCUUGACCUCGCUUCUCCAGUCCAUGACCUCGGUGGAGCUGGGAUUCAACGCCUGCGAGCGCGUGCUGGAAUAUGCGGAAAUCGAGACUGAGUCCGAAGGCGGCAAGGAUGCCCCCGCUGCGUGGCCCGCCCAAGGAAAGAUCGAGGUCGACAACUUGACGAUCCGCUACGCCGACGAUCUUCCGCCGGUUCUGAAGAAUGUCAACUUUACCGUCGGCGCCGGCGAGCGGAUCGGUAUCGUUGGCCGGACGGGUGCAGGAAAGUCGACCCUGGCUGCGGUUUUCUUCCGUCUGCUUGAUCCUGUCGAGGGGUCUGUUCAUGUCGAUAACGUGGAUAUCUCGACCCUGAAGUUGUCUCAGUUGCGGAGUCGUCUUGCUAUUAUCCCGCAAGACCCGUUCCUGUUCUCGGGCACACUGCGCUCGAAUCUCGACAUGGAGAGCAAUCUUGAUGACCACGAACUGAUCGAAUCGCUGAAACGCGUCCACCUAAUCGAAGCAGACGAAGACGCCGAGAGCCCAGCCCUGGCAGACGCGCCUGCCGAUACGGUUGCAAACGUCUCGACAUCCGCCGUCUUACCCGCCGUGGACUCCGAGACUGCGACGCAGGCAUCGACCGCGGUUGAGCCCGAGCCGACACUGAUCGAUCCCCAGCCGGAGACGCCACCCACCCAAGACAACUCUAACAUCUUCACCAACCUCUCCACACCCGUCAGCACCGGCGGCGCCAACCUCUCCCAGGGCCAGCGCCAGCUGGUCUGUCUCGCCCGGGCCCUCCUCAAGCGGCCCAAGAUCGUGGUGCUGGACGAGGCCACGAGCGCGGUGGACCGCGGCACCGACAGCAACAUCCAGGAGUCCCUGCGCAAAGAGUUUGCGGCGGCCGGGUGCACGGUGCUUGUUAUUGCCCAUCGCUUGUCCACGGUCGCCGACUUUGACCGCGUGCUGGUGCUGGAGAAGGGGCGGGUGGCGGAGAUGGGUACCCCCAGGGAACUGUUGUUGGCUGGCAUGAAACGGGCGGCUGAGAAGGGGGCGAAGAGUGCGCCUCGGGAUGGUGAGGCGGACCGUGAAGAGGACGCGAGCACGCUGCAGAGCCAGGAUGACGAUCAGGUUAAUGGCACGGGGGCGUUCUGGGAGUUGGUGCAGAAGAGUGCCGAGAAGGAGAAGCUGCUGGAUAUGGUCCUUGGCGAGGAGAAGGAUGGGUUGAUGGGUCUUGUGCGGGGCGGUAAUGAGGGGAACCAACAGUAG